AUGUCUGACAAAGAGAGCUUAGAAGUUACAAAGCUUGAAGGUUCGAACAACUACACGCAGUGGAAGUUCGAAGUGCAGAUCGCGCUAGAAGGCAAGGAUCUAUUCGGCUAUGUAGACGAAACGGAGAAGAAGCCAGGAGCGGAUAAAACCGCCGAACUCAAAGUUUACAAUAAAUCGGAAAUGUGGGACAAGUUGAGCGAAUUGUACGGCGAUACAAGUGCUGACGCCAAGCAAGCUGCUUGGAAGAAAUUUUAUGCAUUCCACAUUACCGAGGACGAGACAGUGAGAGUGCAGUUAGAGCGAUUCGAGAGCACUGUGAAAAAGUUAGAUGAAAUCGAUAAGAAGCCUUCCGAGGAGGCUAUCGUAUCGAAAUUGCUCAGCAGUCUGCCAGAAAAGUUUGAACUUUUCACGGUAGCUUGGGAAUGCACGCCCAAGAAUGAUCAGACGCAAAAGACGCUCAUAGCCAGAUUAAUCAAGGAAGAUAGUCGGCUUGCCGAAAAAGAAGCGACAACGCUUGCGCUUCGUGUGAAAAACGCAUCGCUGAAUGAAGCAAAAAGUGAUAAAAAAGAAGACGCGCUCCAAGAAAGACAUUGA